AUGGCGGACCUGGAAACCCCGGACGCCUCCAAAGAAGUGGCCGCACGGCGCAAAACCGCGGCCCAGAAGGACCACAAUCGUAUGUUCCGACAACAGCAAAUCAGCUCGUACAAGGCUGCCAUGCUGAAAGAGGCACGGGCGCAGCGAAGCCGGCGCCGGCACGGCAAGGGGCCCGAAAACACGGCCAAACUCGCGGCGGUCCUGGAGCCGCUUGAAGGCUCUCCGAAAAAACGGAAGAAAGUCAACUUCAACCUACAGGCCCCGGGCCGGGAAAUGGCCCUGGUGCUGCAGAAGCGAGGGGCGAAGUAG